AACGAACCAGUCCACUGCGAUUUUCUGUUUUCUCCUCCUUGAAUCUUUUAAAUCAGUAGAAGGAGAAGAAUUUCCCAUCGGAGCUGAUUUUUCGUUUCAGAUAGACAGGAGGAAAAUUCAUGGAGAUUGCGAUUUGCGGGAAAUUAGCUCUCUCGCCCAACCACGUCUUCAACCCCCAACCAGGGGACAAAAACUGUGUGUGUAGAGGGCUAUGCUCGAGCCUUGGUGCAGCGAUUGUUAAAUCAGCAACAACAGCAGGAAAAGGAGGAGGGUUGUUGGAGAGGCCUGUUAUUGAAAAAGCCACUCCUGGAAGAGAAUCCGAGUUUGAUUUGAGGAGAUCAAGGAAAACGACGCCACCAUAUCGUGUCAUUCUGCAUAAUGAUGACUUCAAUAAACGAGAAUACGUAGUCCAAGUCCUGAUGAAAGUUAUCCCUGGAAUGACGCUCGACAAUGCAGUUAACAUCAUGCAAGAAGCUCACUACAAUGGCUUGUCACUGGUGAUCAUUUGUGCUCAGGCUGAUGCUGAAGAACACUGCAUGCAGCUCAGAGGCAAUGGACUCUUAAGUUCAAUUGAACCUGCAAGUGGUGGGUGCUGCUAAACCCUUUCAUUGUAGGAUUAUAUGUAUUCAAGCCAGUCUACAUUACUUAAGGCAGGGAGAUAGGUUAGCAUUGGAAAAGAAAA